AUGUACAACAUGAAGGCCACCACCUCGAUCCUCGCUGUCCUCUUCGCCAUGACCACCUCGGUCGUCGCCGACAGUUGCAACCGCGGCGGCGUCUACUGCGGCUCCUCGCUACUCCGUAAAGGUGGGAAACUCACUUUGCUCGGGAUGUUCGACGCCUGCGUCAGUUUGACUAACAUGCGAAUCAAUCUAGGAAACUACCAGGAUCACAUCGUCGACACGCUAAACACGGUCAAGGUCGAUGCAGAUGACAAGCACAUCCAAAACAGCCUGUUUGACUGCCUUUCCGAUGGCGACAUCAAGUAUGUCGAGUUCUGCAUCAAUGGAUGCGGUGGGACUGCCUCCACGGACCCCGAUUACUGCCUGAGGUAG